AUGGCGGGGCAGAUCUCCGGUGUCGGCCAAGGCCUAGAACGACGAUCUGUGGUCUCGUCCUUCAUCUUCCACUUACCUACCUCUCUCUCUGACCAGCCCCUUGUCGCACUAUUUAAACGAAGCGACAAAGUAAGUACAUACAAAAAUCACAUCGCACCAAUCUCCGGCACCAUCUCCCGCAACGACAAAGACGCCCUCACGGCUGCAUGGCGCGAACUUUCUGAAGAGACCGGGAUCAACCCGUCUUCUGCAACAUUUUGGCGAACAGGGAAACCAUUUUCAUUUGUCGAUGAGUCGAUUAAUCGGGAAUGGACGAUCUAUCCGUUCGCUUUCCAGCUCAAGGGCACGGCUGUGGGGUCGAGAAGGGACAGCGCAGUAGAGUUGGAUUGGGAGCAUGAGGGAUGGGAAUGGUAUAAUCCUACGGAUGUGCUUAUAGGGAACGGGCUCCAGGGGAAGGGAAAAGAAGUCCCCCAUCUUCGGGAGAGUCUGAGACGGGUAUGGCCGGAAGGGGAACUAAAUUCGAAAGCGGGGAAGGCUCUAAGACGGGGAUUAGAAAAGCUCCAGAAUGACCAUGAGAGUGGGUCGCAUGAGCUUACAUCCGUUGCGUUGGGAGUAUUCCGGGACGUGGUCAAGCAUAUGCCAGAUGGAAUGGGCGGUGCUAAGUGGUGGGAGGAUCUGCAAAUGAUUGCCUGGCAUAUUGUAAAGAAUGGGAGAGAGAGUAUGGGCGCGGCAACUCUGAACGCUCUCCUCGCAAUACUGGAGGAAAUGGAGGAGAUCUGGAGGCUUGAGACUGGGAGAAUUGACUCUGAUGCGGGGUGGAAGCUGGAACGCAUGCUCACGAUCAUUGAUCACCAUUUGAAAAGUCGGAUGAGUCGCGCUGGUUUGGUGAAGGAUAUGUUUGCCGCUUACGUGCGGGACCACUUUUUGCCGGACGGCAAGCCGAGAGACAAGCUUACCAUCCUCACCCUGUCCGCUAGCUCGACGAUUCGUGAUAGUAUCAUUGAAGCUUUCGCCUCUCUGGAAAUUGCAACACUCGAACUACGUGUCCUCGAAUCCCGCCCUCUGUUUGAAGGUGUCAGUAUCUCAUCCUCCAUAUUGUCCAAAUUCAAAACACAAUGCAAAGAGCCUAGCAAGCAUCUCAACAUCACCAUCUACACUGACGCAGCGGCUGCCAUAGCCGCUAACGACGUGGACAUGGUUCUCCUCGGCGCUGACAGGAUUUCCAUCUCGAAAGGCGUGAGCAAUAAAACAGGCUCUCUUCCUGCCGUUCUGUGUGCGAAGCACGUUUCCCCAAAGGUGAAGAUUGUCGUCCUCAGCGAGCUCGAAAAGGUAAAUGGGAAUAAUGGCGUCAUAGAUGAUGCAAAGCAUGAAGACAAUGACCCAGCUGAGCUCAUCCGGCCCUGGCAGAACGAGGGCGUGAAAGGCCUUCGUGCUAUAGAAGAAGGGUUCCACAGCACUGUUCGGGUGGAGAAGUCAAAUCACUCCAUUGAAGUAAGGAAUGUCUAUUUUGAAUGGAUUCCCUUGGAUAUGGUCGAUGGAUUUGUGAGCGGCGAGGGCGUUCUCAAUCAUUGGAGUAUAAAUGAGAAGGCGAAGCAGCAGGACGAGUUGGCGAAGAGGUAUUUUGGGAGCAUUUCCCUGAGGUAUUAG